AGAAAAUUGCAAGAAAAUGGAAGUAGAAGGCAUUCUAGAAGGCGAAAUCCCGGAUUCUGCGAAAAAAGAUCUCCUUCGAAACGACAAAAAUGCUCUCCGAGCAUGCAUUCUCUACGAGUUUCUUCAAAAAAAGCCAGUUUUCGAAGCAUAUAAGAAUUUCUGCAAAACAAUUGGCGACGAUCUUAUGGAAUAUCGGGAAUUCGAUUUUUGGUUCUAUAAAAUUGGAAAAGAAAAUGCGGAUUUGAGCGGAAAACUGAUCUGGAACCCGGAUAGUCUGACACUUUCGAAUAUGCCGCUUAAAGUUGUUGACACGAUUUUGGAGAAUGUGGAGCCAAUUGAUAGAUUGCCGCUUGGAAAAGUGUCACAAAGCCUGAGAAGUCUCACAAAAGCCAUCGGCCACGGCUUCAAAAAGGUCGUGCUUCUCGUCGAUCAGAACUACGUCUGGCUUUUGCUUGAUUCAAAUCGAAUUGAAUACUCUUUUCUGACUGAUGAUAGUUGUACAGUCGUUUUUUUCCAGAUUCUCACAAAAUCGGAAUGCUUCGAGGAUGGUCUCAUCAACGUUCUGACUUGUGAUCCUGCCGCCAUUGGAAAAGUUUUUGAUCCAAACUACGAGCACAACGGAGCCAACGAAAUUGUCUUUGAGCAGAAUUAUGUGAAAUUCGCCGUCAAAUGCGAAGAAAGAAGCUUUGGGAUCAAAAGAGCCGGCGUUUAAUUUUGUAGUUUUUAGUAUAAUAAUUGCACUCUGUUUUUUUUUGUCUGGUUAUAGUUUUGUUCCAAACGUAUUAUUUUUUUAAAUCGAUAUUGUUGUUUAUAUAAAUUUUUUAAACUUUA